AUAGGAAAAUUUCUUAGAAGUCCUCAGAAAGUAAAAUUGUUGUACUGAUUAAUUAGUCUUAAAGACGAUUAAAAGUGAUGAUAAAUUUUGUAGAGCAAUAAAAAAAAUCUCUUGUUGGAAGUCAUGCUUUAAAAGGUUGUAGUUUCAAAGAAAUAAGGAAAAAAUUAACUUAAGACCAUUUAAAAAAACGGUACUUACCAUUACUAAAGAAAAUAUAGUAUAAUUCACAUUAACUAAGGGUAUACAUCACACAUGGUUUGUAAUAAAAGUUUAUCCAAUCAAUAAUGGGAGACUCCUCAAUGAUUAAAUAAUUAUUACAUAAUUAUAUUUGGCAUUGACUUUUUAUGAACAAAUGCCUUUCUUUUUUGCAAUUCAGUCUUCUGCUAAACAAGAUAUAUUAUCAUUUGAUUAUGAAAUAUAUGACACACAUGUGUACACUACAUGUGCUUUCCAUAUGAAGGAAGGAACAUGUGUUAAAUCAUGUGACCAAAGUAUUGGAACAAAUUUUUCAACAAAUGUUAUGCAAGUGCAAUUCAAUGUUUUAUAUUUUUAGUAAAAAAAAUUGUGUAUAGCCACCAAUGUUAUUUAAGUCAUCCACACAUGAUUCAAAUAUGAUUUAAAUUUGAGUUUUUCUAUAAACACAUAUGGCCGUGUCACAUAUGGAGCACUUAUUUGAGAAGUAUGAUAUGCCAGUACAAAUAUAGCUGAUACUUAAGACAGAAGCACAUAUGGCAUGCUACGACCAGUAAUUGUUUUGUUUUGCCAAGGCGUGUUUUUGAUGGGAGGAUUUUGGAUAACAGUGAAAGGAAAGCUGGCCAGCUGCAAGGAGGGACCAAUAAUUGCUUUAGCACCUCAUUCAUCGUAUUUUGAUAGUCUUGUCAUCGUAUAUCUAAACCUGUCAACUAUUGUUGUUAAAUCAUCCACUGAAUUCAUUCCUAUAUUUGGAAGACGUUAUUCCACAAAACUAUCAUGUAUCUAGGAAGGGCCAUUUGCUUUUUCUAUGGAUUCCAAAAUGUAAAAGUUAAAGGCCAACCAGUAGGAUCCGAUGUAGCACCAAUGUUGGUCUGUGCACCACAUUCCACGUUCAUGGAUGCUUUUGUUAUAUUUUACUGUUCCACACUUCCUAGCAGUCUCUCUAGGAAAGAAAAUUCAGCUUUACCAAUUUUGGGAUCUCUUAUAGAAUAUACUCAGCCAUUAUAUGUGCAACGAGAAGAUCCCAAUUCCAGAAAAAAUAUAAUGAAAGAAAUGACUAGAAGAGCCAAGACUAUGGGAGAAUGGCCUCAAAUUAUUAUUUUUCCUGAAGGAACAUGUACUAAUAGAUCAUGUUUAAUAGGCUUCAAACAAGGUGCUUUUUAUCCUGGAGUGCCUGUUCAACCAGUUUGUAUAAGAUACCUUAAUAGUUUGGAUACAUAUACAUGGACCUGGGAAGGACCAGGAGCAUUUACAUGUUUAUGGCUGUCUCUAUGUCAGUUUCAUAAUAAAUUGGAAUUAGAGUUUUUACCAGUAUAUAAUCCAAAUGAAGAAGAAAAACAAGAUCCUACAUUGUAUGCAUCUAAUGUAAGACAGAAAAUGGCAGAAAGUUUGAAAAUACCUUUUACAGAUCAUACUUAUGAUGAUGUUCGUCUGAUGCAGAAGGCAGCCAAGCUCAAUUUACCACAUACAGCAGGGCUUAUAGAAUUCCAAAAACUUCACUCCAAACUUGGAAUUAGUUUUGACCAAAUGAAUGAACUACUAGACCAGUUUGGUGCUAUUUCCCAAAAAGAUAAAGGCAGUAUUACUUUGGGAGAAUUUGCUGCAUAUCUACAUGUACCCGUGUCUCCUGCAUUAGAGGAGAUGUUUUCUUUAUAUGAUAGGAAUGGUUCAGAAACUAUAGAUUUCCGGGAGUAUAUUAUUGGCCUGUCAUUGAUAUCGCAACCAGUCAACAAUGAUGAUACUUUAAAGUUAGCUUUUCAGUUAUUUGACAAUGGGGAUAAAGGUUACAUUACACAAGCAGAGCUGACAGGAAUAUUGACAAAUGCAUUUGGGAUUGAUGAUUUGGAUGUUGAAAAAUUGUUUCAAGAAGUUGAUAUUAACAAAGAUGAUAAAAUAACCUUUGAUGAAUUCAGAAAGUAUGCUGAAACCAAACCAGAAUAUGCUAAAUUAUUUAUGACUUAUCAAGAACUAAAGAAGGUCUUAAGUACAAAUGGUAAUGGAAUUAGUAAACUUGAGUGAUCACCCUUUAAGUAGAAAUGGUAAUGGAAUUAGUAAACUAGAGUGAUCUCCCUUCAUAAAGGUUGAAGUGACUGGCUCAGUGACUUAAUAUGAGAUCUACAAAAAUACAAUACAAUUUUGCUAUAUAUAUAUGAUGAUAUUGAGAAGGCACACAACAUGUGUUCAUGGUUUAUAACAUUUUACAGGAAAGAUUUCAGCCUAAUAUUGAUAUUUGUCCAUUCCAGAUUUUAGAUAUGCUAUUAAAACUUAUAGAAGGGAACAUGUAAGAUAUGCUUUAUGUUCAUUGUUUUUCUGCAUUUUAUGAACUUGACUUUAAAACAUUAUGAAAACUUAAUAGAACUUGUUAAAAAAAGUGUUUAAGUUGUGUAUAAAUUACGUACAAGAGAUUUUUCCAUGAACAAGAACUUAAAAACAGAUUAAAGAUAAUUUUCUAUGAACAUACUCCCUUAAUGUUUACCUUUAUUUAAUCAUAAAUUAAAAAAUGUAUUGGAUAUUUUUUUGUGGUUAGGUAUAUACCUGGUUUCUGUCUGAAAAUAAAAUUAGGACUCUUAAUAUCAAUUUGUUUUUGUUUGAAAUUUUUUAAAACAUCAACACAACAUAAUAUAAAUAUUUUGCAUGUGUUUUUGCUUGCAGUGCUCAUUAUUUUUAUAAGGCUAGUAACAUCAACAUUGUGGUUUUUUUUUUCAUUACAGAAAGCUCAGAUAGCCAUUUGAGUUAGUUAAACACAGAUAUGGUAAUACAUGCACUGCUUUUUGUCUUUCAGUUAAUACUUUACACAUGUUUUAUGUUUUUAUUUUGAAUGUUUUUGAUAUUGUUCUGUUUUCAUUUUUUUAUUGUACCAAAACAUGCUGACUUUCCUUUAAUAUUUACCUGAAACAGUUGUUUGAAGAUUUCCACAGAAAAUCUAGUAUAAAAGAGAAUUACAUAUUCUAACAUCAAAGUACAGGACACUUUCUAAGGACAAGAACUGUAAAUGAGGAUAUUUUGCUGUUUGUUAUUUUCACGAUUUCAAUGCCUAAAUAUUCUGCAGGGGUUAAAUUCGUGCAUCAAUAAUAAGUGUUAGCUUCCUGUCAAUAUUAUAGCUUAGUGAGGGCAUUCUAUGUGAUAGCGAAAUAAGGGAAAAUAAACCCCACACAAUAAUUUUAACGUCUUCAGUUCCUAUGUUAUUUAUCAUUUAUGGGCAAAAGCUUACUUGAAGAUGCUAGUGUUGAGCAAAAUUUUAGAAAUACAUGCUUCCAGUCUAACUGGAGCUGUGUCUGAACGUUUCUAGGCUAAGUUCCAAAAACUAUUGUUGAAGUUAUGAUUUCAACAUGGAUAAGACCAGAUUCUAACAUCUUAAGAAAAACUUACCAAAAUACCAACCAUAGCUUUUAUCAUCCUAAGGAUACUAAGGUCUUUGGAAACCACAGGGUACUUUUUGCCCAAUGAAAAGAUAAAUGAAUUGUAUUUUGUUUUUGGUACAUAAUGUUUUUAAUAUGAUAUAUUUAUGCCAGAAUACUAAACAUGUAUUAUUUUGAAAUUGUCUUCACCUACCUUUCAGUGUAACAUCCUAGCCUUGUCAGACAAUUUUAUAUUGUAAAUUUGAGGCCUGUAUUAUUUGUUAUUGUUUUAGGGUUGUACUGUGAAAUGACUUUUAUUGCUGGAUUCAAAUUUUCAUUUUUGGUAUACAAAAUAUUAAAGUGGUAGGCUUUAGAAUUUGUAUAUUGUCUUGAUUUUAAUAAUAACUAUAAUUACACAGGUUCAGACUGCACAUAUUAACAUAUCAAUGGAAUGUAGGUGUUUUUAAAGUUUUUAAAAUUCUUAGUUUUGAUUACUGUAAAAUCCACCAUAUGUGUAACACAAAUAAAAGAAUAUUCACAGUAUAAUUUUUCUUUGACAUGAAUUGAAUCUUUGGAGUUUUACAAAAAAUAGUUUUAAGUUUUAUUCAUAUUUAUUCAAAGCAGGACUACAAUAACUUGUUAUCUGUUUGAAUCACACUUUUAUAAGACAUACAUUUCAUAUAAAAAAUAUAAUAACAAGCAUGCAAUUGAUGUAGGCAGGAGGCUAUUUGAAAUGAAAAUCAAUAAUUAAAAAAAAAUUGAGCUUUACAUUUGGCUCUAUUCAAAUCCGAGUUUAAUCUCAGCAGUGUCAGUAUUAAUCAUGUGCCUAUUUUUGUAUGAUCUCAUUAACUCUUUUAUUAUUUCUACACUCCCUGAUCCAUUUGUGUCAUGUUCCGAGAGAAAAAAAUUGAAAGAAGAAUGCAAAGAAAAAAUGAUCAUUCAUUCAUAAAAUAAUAAGCUUCUUUAAGACAUUUAAAACCAUUGCAUUUAUAACAUUUCAACAGUUUCAUAUAAGCUAGUGCUUCCAGUGAAGUCUUAGUUUAAAAUCUGUUAUUUAUAUUAAGAAAUAUUUUUGAAUCUUUUGCAUGUCUUCCUAUAUUUUUCUAUUUCAUUUGUAUAAAUUUAAACACAAAUCUCCUAGAAAGGAUUUUAAUUUAAGCAAUAAUUCACAAUCAAACUGAGUAAUUAUUUUAAGUCUGUUUCACAUAAUAGAUUCAUAUUAAGUUAUUAUAUAAUGACUUUUCUUAUGUGGAACAUUUGGACAGUAUUUGUUCAUUGUAACACAGAAUGCAUUACUCUUUCUAUGUUCAGAUCUCAAAAAAGGGUCAUACAAGACGAAUAUAUUGAUUUAUGAUAGCAUUGUAUAUUACCAAAUUCAUGAAGUAAAUUAGGAGAUAACUGUAUUGUAAACUUUGCAUCCAUUAAUUGUGGAUUUUAUGUUUGCAAAUGGAGUGAGAUUGACAUGGUCAUACUUUUGAUGAAUGAUUGUGCUAUAUGUAAAUAAAUAUUUCUUUUACCUUUGAUUGUCAUAAACUAAUCUAUAGACAACAGUAAAUGCAUUUGUAUAGUACUGUAUAGAUUAUUGCUUUUCUAGUCCCAUCUAGGUAACAGACUGCUAUCAAGAGUUGUUUAACUUUUGUUUUCUUCUUAUAAAUGCUAACCAAAUAUCAUAUCUCAUUCUAAUAAUAAUAAAAAAAACUGUUUUCAAAUUGUGAUUACUGUGUAAUAUUAUCUGUUUUGAAUCUCAGCUGUCAUCAGUUUUCAUACAUUGCUCAUAGCAUAACUUUUUUACCAGGAUAUAAGUUUAGCUUAUUCAUUUCAAAUAUCUAUUUUAAUUAAAAAUCCAUAUCGAUGUAAUUCAUCAUUAUCACAAUUAAACUUUGAUACAGAAAAGAUAUUAUUAUAGAAAGGGAAACAAAUUUGCUGCAAUGUCAGGGUAUGUAAAAUAGAGGCUUAUCUGAUAGGCCGAUUUGGAACGGUAUUAUUAGAGUCUUUCAAAAUGAUUGUUCCUUGUGUUCGAUGCCAAAAAAACAUGUCUGCAUAAAUUUGGUUGUGAAGAUUAAAAAAGUGGGUUUAUAUCUUCAGGUGUAAUACCACCAUUGAUUUUCCCCUAUUAGUCUUUGUUAAAUUUGCACUUUUCAAAAAAUUGUGCAGAAUUUAUCUUUGUUUCAAAUAAAGAAAUACUUGGCAUGAGUAAAGUUUUAUCCUGUUCAGUACUAUAGAAAGAAUUUCACAUAACAUUUCAUUGCAUAUAAGAAAAUAACCAUCACUGGAAGUUAACCAAUCAAAUUUUCCCCCUUUUUUAACCUGUGUACAAGCUUUAGUAACCAUGUAACCUCAAGUUUCCAAAAUAUUCUAUAGAAACCCCAAAUAAAAAAAUAAUGGUGCUUUGAAAUACCCAAGAUAUAUGUUUAUGACCCAGAAAUGUUUUACUGCAAUGAAAUGUAGGAUCAAUUACCUACAACUGUCAAAUUCAAGGGAAUAUUUUUUUCGACCUAUUUUCGUAUGCAACCGGAUGUGACGUACUAUGAUUUGGUGGUAUUACACCUUCACUUUACCUUAUGUGUAACAAAUAUGAAACAUGAGUCUGGAAAGUGGAUAUUAAUGUCUUUACAAGUGAAUAUGCUUUUUCUGAAACAAAAUAGCAAAUUAAACUUUAAUUGCAGCAAAUCAGUAGUACAUUCAUUUUGUGUUCUUUACAAAAAACACAUUAUAUAUCUGUUUACAUAAUAAAAUGAUCUAAAAGUAUCCUUUUUCAUAUGACAGGGAUGGAAAAUUACAAAUAAAUGACAUAUUGUGAAUUUGAUUAAACAUUAAUGAUUUUAUGGUUACAAUUAAAUAGAGAUUGCUUACUCCAUUUACAUAACUACAUUUGAAAUGAUUUUGGAUUUUGAUUGGAAAAGUGAUGCAUGGAUCUGUUUUAUUCUCUACAUUAUAACCAUUAAUUUCUAAAUGUAUACCUGGUAGUCUACAAAUGCUGUUGACAUCCUUCAGAAGUUGAAUAAAUGAAGAGAAAUAUUUAUAAAUGUUUAAUAACCAUGAUUUCCUUUUUUAAAGUUAACAUUUGAUAAAUAUUGAUAUUCUAUCUCUUCAUGUUUGUGCAUAUUGCAGUCAAAGGUCACUGGUAGUAUUUAGAGUAGGGUCAAGACAUUUACUAAGGACUAAUUAAUGUACAGAAAAAAAAUAAAAUCCACAUCAAAGGUUUUACUGAAUUAGAGGUUUUAGUCAUGACAACAAUAGAGGUAGUUAUUUGUCAGUGCAAUACAAUUAUUAUACAGGUAAUGGGUCGGUGUUCGUUUCAUAUUUUUUGACAAUACUAAAUAAUAUUUCAACAUGUGCUCAAACUGCUGGCAGGGGUUUUAAUGGAUAAUGUUAGUCAAAUACACUUUAUUUUUGUAUAAAAUGUAAGAUUGUAAUGUAUAUAUUAUUAAUUUAUUGCUGUUUUACUAAUGUUGUUAACAAAAUUUUAUUUCACAAAGAAUUCUCAGAUUUUGAUAUUCCAAUACAAUUAAAUGAUCUGUGAUAAUUUUUUCAGUAAGAUUGUUGGCACCUACAGUUUCACUAUAUUUCUAGUCGGUAAGAUUAAAGUCAUCUGAAGUUUUGAUGACUCUGUCUUAGCUUGGUUUACUGUUUAGGAAUACCUGUGUCACAUUUUUUUUUACAAGUAUGUCAAUUGAGAUAAUUGUUUGCCUCAAAACUUUAAGUCACAAAUUAAUUUUUAAUCUGCAUAUUACUCUUUGUUUAUGAUAUGUUUACAUUGUUAUAUAUUGAAUAUUCAUUAACAUCCAUAUUAAAAUUAUGUCCCUACACAUAACUGCCAACAACUGCCUUGAAACUGCACAAAAAUUAUUAUGCAGAGGAAUUUUUGUGAUACAAGCUUUGAUUCUAUGAAAUAUAUUAUAAAUUUGCUCCCAAGUUAAAUUAGCAAUACCAUAAAAUAAACUUCAGCAAGCUAAUGUUAUUAUAUAUUUUUUAUGUUAGUAGUCAGACAAAGAAGGGUAAUAGUAAGACGUAAUGAUAUGUUGUAGCUAACAAAACUCAAUUAAUUGGUGGAAUAAGAUAAAGUUUGUUCUUGUGCAAGAUACUGUUGGAAUUCUGAUUUCCAAAAGGAAGAUGUAUAACAAGAGCAAUUAUCUGGCCCCUGAAAUUGAAAAAAAAUAAUCAAAUUAUUCAAACCUUUAAAAAUUAUGUCUAAUUUUAUUGAUAGAUAAAUAGAACAAUAUUAUCUGGACACUUAAGAGUAGAAAAAUCGUCAUGUCACUUUGAUGCCAUAAGCAUGUUGAAAUUGGUAUAUUACCCAUAGUUUCUGGCAUUAUUAAAUAUUAACCUUAGUCUUAACAAACAAGAUAUGUUACCUGCAUUAAAAGUUUCAUAUAAGACAUCUUUUAACAAAAUAUAUUUGAGAUAAGGCUGUGACUCAUAUCUAUAUAUCAUUGACAAGAUCUCAAUAUGAGGCUUAUCUGGCAUCAUAGUCAAGAGGUUUGAAACCAAAAAAGGAUAUGGAAACAAAAUUCAACAUUAUAAAUACUGCUAUCUGACAGACUAAUGUCUUAUGAAGAUAUAAAUGAUGUAAUAUGAUAGCUUGGUAAUACUUGAAUGGAUAAAAAUAAACAGGAGAGAGAUCAUUUGUAAUCAUUGGCUAGCACAUGUAUUAGGGUGAUAAUGCCUUUACUGCAAGGCAUCAAAUGACCCCUUAUUCAUUGCCAGCAUCAAAUUAUUUUUUCUUACAAUUUAUUUAUAAUCAAAAACUAAGUUAAGUGUCAUACAUAUUUUGCUAUUUGAAUUUUUGUUUCCAUUUAAAUUUCUGAAGCUGUAUGAGAUCAAAUGAAUAGACUUGAAUAAACUUAAAUCUAUAAAUGACUAUAGAAUGUUUUUGCUUAGAUGUCAACUGUGGAAUAUGGUAGUUGUUAGUUUGUUAAAGAUAGGGACAGCUGCAAUAUUAAUUUAUCUUCUUGUUGUACUUAAUUCUUUGAACUGAGAGAGUAAAUUUUCAGUUUGAAUGAUAUUUGUUUUUUUAAUAUUCCUUUUUGUUGAAGAGGAUUAAUCUAUUCUGUAUUAUUUUUUUUAUACAAUAGAUUUCUUUUUGUAUAUUAAACAGCUGGAUUUUUAAUAAUGAAAAAAAUUGAAGCCAGUUAUUUGUCUUGAAAAUUCAGACAAAAAUUAACAGAAUGGAGACUUGUUCGUUUUUUAUUCAUAUGAUGGCUUCAAAUAAUAGUUGCCAUUUUUCAUUGCAUUUUUUUUUCAAGUUAUCAUUAUUUGAGCAUUAAAAUAAAAUAUUUCCUCUUG